AUGGCAAAACCUUCUGUUCUCAUCACGGGAUGUUCCUCUGGCGGGGUGGGACAUCAUAUUGCCCUAGGAUUUGCAACCCGCGGAUGGCGUGUUUUCGCAACAGCCCGGUCCACCAAAUCUCUCUCUACUCUGGAAGAGAAGGGAAUUGAGACCUUUGAUCUUGAUGUUACGAAGGCAGAGAGCAUUGGUGUCUUGAAAGAUGAGAUAGUGCAUAGGACGGGCGUGUAUGAAGCCCCAGCAAUUGAAGCAGAUGCUACUUGCAUCCGCCGCAUGUUUGAUACCAACGUGUUCGGUUUGUUCGACAUGGUCAAAGCAUUUACUCCACUUCUGCUAUCAUCCAACGGAACCAAACACAUACCUAUGAUCAUCAACACAGCAUCAGUGCUCGCUCGUCUGCCGUUUAUAUUUUCAUCUGCAUAUAAUGCAUCGAAAGCGGCCGUGGCCACUUAUACGGACACCCUCCGAAUUGAGCUGGAGCCUCUGGGCAUCAAAGUUGUGACGUUAUUCAUGGGUGAAGUUUCCACUAAGCUCAUGUCUCCGGAUAACAUCUCUUUUAUACCGGGGAGUCUUUACAGCGAUGUGCUGGAGCGGACUAGGGAGAGAAGUCGAAACCAUGCCCAGAAAGGCAUGUCGCCGGAGAGCUUCGCUAGACAGGUCGUCGACCAAAUACUGUCCCGAUCUUCCGAACUCAGAAAUGGCAAUUACAUAUGGAAGGGCACUAACGCGUGGGCGGUUUGGUUCCUGAACGCCGUGGGAUGGAGAAAGAUAUUCGACGGCCUAGUGAAGGGGAUGGUCGGUCUCGACAACCAGGAGAUCCGGAGGGCCAUUUCCCAAAAGGGCCGUGCCUCUGUGAACGGGGCGACAGAGGUCUAA